AAUGUUCAAAGCUCUCUCUUUCGCACCGCCAGUGGCCAGUUUCAGGCGGCCGCAAGUUGAAUAAGAAGGUGAGUCGUAGUCGGAGUUCGGAUUUGAGCCUUGGCCGGAGCAGAGAAGCUGAGCUUGAUUGCCGGAGAUGCGCGGGGCUUGAGUUUCUUCAAUAAAAACGGGAUCGUUCUGCUUGAGGAGAGCGUUCUUCUGGCAUGAGAAUUAGGAGUUUAGAGGCCAUUAUCUGAGUUGCGAUUCCAUUUUGAAAAUUUUCAUGCUCUUUUUACUUUUUAGCUGCUCAUGCCGGUAGAAUUUGAGGGUUCCUCUGUUAUGACUAUGUCGAACUCUGCCUCCGGUGAGACUAGUGUCUCGUCCGGCCAUCUUGCGGCAGCAGCUUCCCUUCUGCCACCGCCGAAGAAAAAGAGGAAUCUUCCCGGAAUGCCAGAUCCGGAUGCGGAAGUUAUUGCGUUAUCUCCAAAGACUUUAAUGGCGACGAACAGAUUCGUGUGCGAGAUCUGCAAUAAAGGGUUUCAGAGGGACCAGAAUCUACAACUUCACCGUCGAGGGCAUAACUUGCCAUGGAAGCUCCGGCAGCGAACAGGGAAAGAGGUGAAGAAGAGGGUCUAUGUAUGCCCAGAACCCAGUUGCGUACACCACGACCCUUCUCGAGCUCUCGGUGAUCUCACCGGUAUUAAAAAGCAUUUUUGCCGCAAACACGGCGAGAAGAAGUGGAAGUGCGACAAGUGCUUGAAGAAGUACGCCGUUCAGUCCGACUGGAAAGCGCACGCCAAGACUUGCGGAACAAGGGAGUAUCGCUGCGACUGUGGAACUCUAUUCUCACGGAGGGAUAGCUUCAUAACACACCGCGCUUUCUGCGACGCACUUGCGGAAGAAAGCGCAAGGACGCAGACGAACGCCGUGGCGGUAGCGGCGGAGAAAGAGUCAAAGCUGGCGGUGACGGCGCCUGCAAACUUGCAAGAGAAGCAGAUGGCGCCGCCUCCGCCGCCGUCGGAUCAGAAAGAGCCGGAAAACGCCGCAGGAAUUCUCCAAUACCUUCCCCAGCCGCCGCUGGCGCCAGUAUCCAUGUCCAUGAAUUGCAGCAACAGCAGCUGCACUACCACAAGCUGCGGAAGCAGCAGCCUCUUUGCAUCCACGGUCGCAACGCAAAGAACAUCUUUCUCGGAUCUCAUCGGUUCUAUGAGCCGGCCGGAAGUGGAACCCCCUUCCCUCUGCCUCUCCUCUAAUGGCCCUUCAUCUCUGUUCCCUCCAGCACCAGAUCGCCGUCAAUUCCCUGCGCUACAGCCCUCAGCUCAUAUGUCGGCCACUGCGCUACUGCAGAAAGCUGCUCAGAUGGGUGCCGCGGCAUCAGGUUCCUCCUUCCUCCGUGGCUUUGGCCUUGCCGCUUCGACUUCUCCUUUAGCCGCUGGUGGUGGUGGGGAGGCCCAGUGGCCUGAACCGGCAUCGAUGUCAGCUGGGCUUGGGCUGGGUCUCCCUUACGAUAGUGGCUGCGCCGCCGCCGGGCUGCCGGAUAUGAUGAUGGGUUCAGCCGCCCUUUUUGGUUCGAAACCAGCUGCGACGCUGGACUUCCUGGGACUUGGUCCGUCCGGUGGCGCGAACGCCGGCGGUCUAUCGGCGUUUAUCAACUCUAUCGGCGGGGGAGGACUCGAAGCCUAUAGCAGUGGUCGAAGCUCGUCACCAGUUAAGACCUGGGAUGGCGGCGGCGGCGGCGAUGUGAAGGCCAAUGGCAGGGCAAUUCUAUAAUCAUCGCAUUCACUGAUUUUCUUUGGAAGAAGUGUUCAAGUUGAGAUCUUUUUUGCCGUGUAACGCUCAGUGUGAAUCUGGUGGAAGUGGGAGUUCAGAGCUAAAGAUUUGGGGAAUCGGUGAUGCGAUUUUUUAAAAACAAAUCUGAGUUAGCUUCUUUUAAGCUAAGCAUCGAGAUGAAGAAACUGGACAAAAGAGGCAUUUCUUCUACUUCGGAGAGCUCAUCCUAAAAGUUUCUUCUUUGUUUGCUCUGUAAGUAAUAAAUAGAGCUGGAAAAUAGAAACAGGACUGUAAUUUUGUAGCUGUGGCUCUUAUCCUUAAAAUGCAGAUUAUAUUUUUGGUUUUUUUUUUUUAAA